GCUGGCUGGUAAGUUAGAUGCUUCAUAACUGCUGGAUUUCAGUUACAAUGGUCAUUUGCAUGUUUAUUUAAUAGCCUGUAAAUAUUCCUUAAGAAAUGAAUAUUGACAAUGUCAUUAAGAUGUUUUUGUAGUGUUGACCCACAUCACUUUGCUGUCAGAGACUGGAUCUCCAGUCAACUAAUUUGGUUGAUGGUCGCAGAUUCUUUAAUCUCUGUUUGGAGAACCGUGAUUGGAAACAUGAUUUUGAAAUCCUGCCACAAUUGUCUGAUGGUACAAAUGAAACCAGUACCCUGGCAGCUGGACAAGGCAGUAUUGAAAAAAUAUGAUGAUGAAUACAUUUUCAUUUCUCUAUUACAAGGAACGGAAUAAGUUACGAAGAAAUUUGGCUUUGGGACCAAAAUAACAACUGAUGGCACUAUUGAGACUAAUGGAAAAUAUUACAGCAAAAGAAAAUAAUACAGAUUUUUUUUUUACUCAAAAGCCUUGGACACAACAGAUCUUCUGACCCCAUAGCCUGAAAGUGAUGGAAUGAGAGGACCAAAACAGAGCUGGAUAAACAGAUAUUCCAGGAGUAGUAUGUGGAAAUAGACAAUACAAAACUCUGAUUGAAUUGAUCUUAUCAUAUAUUUAUGAUAUCUGUGAGGUACACAAAUAAAUGAGUUGUAUUCACUAUGGAGAGCAUAAUAUAAUAAACGUCUUAACAACACUGCCAGGUUUGCAGGAUCAUCUGAAACCAGUAUAAAUGUUGCCACUGAAAUUCAUGUGUUUCUGUUUUGAUUUUUUUAAAUAUAUAAUUUAAUAAUUACAUUAAAUAUAUAUAUUAUACAUCCAUUAAAAAAAAAAUAUUGAUAAAAUAAGAUGCCCAUUGUGUGUGACGUGUGUACCUGAUGAGAUCUUGUUAGUGGUGCGCUUCUUGAGUCACAGCAGAUGACUUGCCACUUGUAAAUCAUUUGUCGUCUCGUCUUAUUCUUUUUUUCUCUGGUAUUACUUUGUGGUCUGUGAGCAACAAAAUUUCUUGUAUGACAAUGUGUGUCUAUUUUUGUAAUUUAAACAGACCUGAAGAUGAAUUGAACAGCUGCUGUGAUUUUUGUUUCAUAACAACCCAGUUCUUUCCCCUUUUCAAGCAAACAGCCUAAUAAUUACUGAGUAACUGAGGAAAUGAAACCAGGUGUUUUGGUUGGAGCACCUGCUCCUGGCCAGCCAUCUUUUACCGUGUAAAAAUGAUAACCGAGAGUCAGACUGACUUUUUCUGUGGAGAGGGUGCUUUUGAGAGGUAACUUUACUUCAAACAAAUAGAUUAUUCCUCAAAUUAAUGCAAAACAAUGUUGAAAAUCUCAAACAUCAGGUUGUGAUGAUGAAAGUUAUGAUUAAAACAAAAACAUAGAUACAAUUGAGCCUGUGCAUUAAUUUUGUUUCCUUUUACUUCCUUUCACAGAUCACUUCUGUUUCACUUGUCACUGGCUGAAUCGAGGAUUCACAAAGCACAAGAGAGGGAAAAAAACAUGGUGAGUGUUGUUUUUCUUAAAAAUGUAUAUUUUCAAAAGAAUAAAUGGUUUAAUAACCCAUAUUUGCUAUCUUUAUGUUAAAUUAAACCUAAUAUAUUAAGGGUGCAUGCUUGCAUUGGUGGCUAGUUCACAGCAGUUAUUUUUUUCUCCCAUGCUAGGGUUUACUCCAGGCAUUCCCACAGUCCAAAAGCAUACAGAGAUUGACCUAGUGCUGGGUGUGUGAGUGUGUGACUGUAGCCUGGUGACCCAUUCUGGGUGUCUCCUGCCUCUCAACGAGAGUAACUGGGGUAGACUCUAGCCCACUGACCCCUAUAAUGGAACAAGCAGAAAAUGAAGAAAAACUAUAUCGAUGGUCAUCCAGAGGGAGGGGCAUUUGCAACAUAUUGAUGCAUCACAUCUGUAUUUUAGUUUUAAUAAUUUAAUUGAGCAAAUCUGGUAAGUUUUUUUAAGUUGUUGCUGAUAAGUUUAGUUGUUACUGAUGAAAAACAGGGAACUAUUCUGAUGUUGAGAAGGUCGUGGGUGAGAUUGGAGUGUAGCUGCAUUCACAACCAUCUCACUAAUUGUACAUAUGUAUAUAUUUUUUUAUUUCAGGUGGCUAUGAUGAAAUACAUCAUCAUAUUCUGUCACCUCCUUGUGUCUCUGAAAGCCAUAAAUUUCAGGUUUCUGCCAUGUGAUGUGGAUGCCAAUGUCACUAAAGUGGACUGCCAUGAUAGAUCCUUGGAUCGUGUCAUUUACAUCAAAGAAGACAGAGUUUUGUCCCUCAAUCUCAGCCUGAAUAGAAUCCGUAAAGUGGCAGACAACACUUUCUCUGGUGUACCAAACCUUCUCACCUUGGAUAUGACCCGCAAUGGAAAUCCUUAUUCACCUGAACUGGAUAUCCACCACUGCGCUUUCAAGGUCUUGCCAAAGCUUCAGCAUCUGUUUCUGUCCCAUAACAGACUCAGACAUAUUCCUUGGCUUCCUGAAAGCCUGCGUCAGCUGAAUCUAGAGGGCAAUCGGAUCUUCCACAUUGAAAAUCCAUUUGAGACUCCACAUCUUGAGAAGCUCUUGCUCGGCUACAACUGCUAUUAUCUAAACCCUUGUUAUGAGCCCUUUUACAUCGCUGAAAAUGCUUUUGAACACCUGACACGUCUUCGGGUUCUUGAUUUGGCCUUUGAUAAUUUGACGGCUGUACCUCAUGGAUUACCCCGGUCAUUGGAGAAACUGAAUUUAAAAGAAAACAGACUGACUGAGAUCCCAGACCGAGCUUUUGUCAACCUGACAAAGCUCAGUACCUUGAAUCUUGAAUGGAACUGUCAGCGUUGCGACCAUGCAGCACAGCCUUGCUUUCCUUGCCCAUACAACAACCCACUGAAACUACAUCCUCAGUCCUUCUUUUCAGAGAACAGUGCCAUUGGCUUUCUCAGUUUGAGGGGAAACUCUAUUAAAACAUUCCCUAAGGGCAUUUUUAAGCCUUUAAAAAAGUUGGGUCGACUGGACCUCUCUGACAACAGGCUUGCAUUCGCCAUACAGAACGCCUCUUUUUUUGGAGAGCUCACUCACCUUAAUUGGAUAAGUCUUAUCUACAAUUAUGAGCCAGAAAGAAUCUUUACUGAAUUCCAUCUGUCGACUCAUGUUGGCAAAAUGGUGAAUUUGCAAUAUCUUCUAUUGACAGGAAACUUUUUCAAAUCGCUGUCCACUCAGAGCUUAGAAGUUCUCUCCCAGCUGAAGAAACUUCACACACUGGAGCUGAGGAUGAAUUUCAUGUAUAAAUUCGACUUUCAAAGCCUCAAACGGUUUCCCUCUCUUCAAAAUAUUGUCCUGACUCAAAACAUGCUAACCUUUAAUGAAUGCCCAUCCAGAGAGCUGUUCAUGGGUCAAUCGGAGGCAUUAAGCAAAAGGCAAACAAUAUUCUCCAGCAGAUUCCAGACUGGAAUCUUAGUCGGUCGACACAUUAGUACGGAAGAUAAAGCCAGGACUUCAUGGCCAUCAGACACCCUCGAUAUAGAACCGUUUGCAUUAUCAGUUCUUUAUAAUAAACAGUGCAAUGGAGGAUUUACUCUUGACCUAUCUCAGAAUGACAUUCUAUUUCUUACAAAUAACACUUUCGCUGGCCUCGAGAACGUAACAUGCUUGGACCUGUCCCUUAAUUAUAUGAGCCAGACUCUAAGUAAAGGUGAUUUUUCUGGUUUGACUAAAUUAGUUGCACUGAAUAUGUCUCACAAUCGAAUUGAUCUUUUUUAUGAUCAUGCUUUUAGCGAGCUAAAUAAAACCCUGAAAUUGUUAGACCUCAGUAACAAUGACUUCCAUUUUAAUAUGAGGGGCAUGUUCCAUAGCCUUAGUUUCAUCCAUAAUCUUCAGAACUUGGAAGUCUUGAGUUUGGCCAACAAUAACAUUCAGAUGCGAAUUGAUCACCAGCUGAAUAGCAGCUCACUGAGGACCCUCUACUUCAAUGGAAAUCGCUUGGAUAACAUGUGGAAAGCCAAACACAAGUACACACUCUUCUUCCAAAAUCUAACAAAUCUCAAUCACCUGGACAUCUCCAAUAAUCAGCUGAGAUCUAUUUCGGACGACAUUUUGACCAACUUGCCCAAGAGUCUUCAAUCUUUAGUGAUCAGCUAUAACCAGUUGGCAUUCUUCCCUUGGGCAAACAUCACGGCACUGAGCAAUCUGACUCUCCUGGAUUUGAGUCACAAUGUUCUUGACUUUUUUCCCAGCACCAUUCUAAAAUUCGAUUCCAAUUUAAAGUGCCUGUAUCUCAAUAACAAUCGAUUUCAUAGCAUCCCUGAAAGCGUUCUGAUUCAGUUGAAAUCCUUACAAGUUCUUCACCUGGACCACAAUCAAAUCAAGAAGAUUCACUUCAAGUUCACCCCAAAACCCUCCUCCAACGAAACUGCCCUGAAGGAACUCACCUUACAUACCAACCCUUUCAGAUGCGACUGUGAUACAGCGUGGUUUUCUGUCUUCUUAGCGAAGACUUCAAUACGCAUUCCCUUCCUCACCACAUCUGUCCUAUGCGCCUACCCAGAAUCUCAAAUUGGCAAGAGCAUGUUGUUAAUAGAUCAGCAUUCCUGCCAGGAGAUUUAUGGCAGCCUGGCCUUCUUUGUGAACUUCUGCUUGGUUAUUUUGUUCACUACACUGCCCCUUCUGAAGCAUCUAUAUGGCUGGGACCUGUGGUACUGCCUUCAGGUACUCUGGGCUGGUCAGAAGGGAUAUUCCCAGCUGCCUGGAAGUGAUUGUCAUUACCAUGCGUUUGUGGUGUUUGACACGGGUAACCCUGCUGUCAGAGACUGGGUGUACAACGAGCUUGUCGUUCAUCUGGAGGACAGACACAGAAGGUUUAAUCUGUGUUUGGAGGAGAGGGACUGGGUUCCUGGGCUGUCAUGCAUCGAAAAUCUCCACAACGCCGUCUACAAAAGCGUGAAGACGGUGUUCGUGCUCUCCAGCGGAAAGGCAUUGAACGGGGUGAUUCGUCAGGCUUUCUACAUGGUUCAACAGCGACUUCUGGACGAGAAGGCUGAUGUAGCUGUGCUGGUUUUGCUUGAGGAGAUGUACACAAAACUGAAGUAUCUGCAGCUGAGAAAGAGGCUUUGCGGGAAGUCGGUUCUGACUUGGCCCAAAAAUCCUCUGGCACAGCCCCUUUUCUGGAAUCAAGAGAACACGGACUCUGUGUAGACCAGGCCUGGCCAAACCUUGUGACACACAGGGAUGUGUGUUAACCGCUAUACUGCCA